AUGCCGCCAAUUGCCACAGCGCACGCGCGAGUUGUUCGAACCACAGGCAGUCCAGGGUACCCAGUACUACUUGCUGAAUCCUGCGCGGGAAAGGCCGCCGACGCCGUGGGACAAUUGAACCGGCCCAAGACGCCACACCUUUGCUGCCAUCCGUCAGCGCCACCACCACAGCCUACCUCGCCUGGAACACCAAAGUCUCCCCCUCCUUUAGGAGACUGGAUAACACAGCCCACCUGCACGUCCUUCAACCCUGCCCGCUGCCCGUUCGCUGCACACUUGCCCUGCCCUUGCCCUGUACUUGAGUCUCGCAAGUCUUUGCUGGGUGCCGACCCGGACUUUACUCAACACAACCAGCAAUAUAACCAGUCGUCGUCGUACGGAGGCCGAGGCAGCGACUACGCUCGAGACUACGGUCAAGCCUAUCCCCAGCCUGCCUACCCCCAGGCGGAAUAUACCCAGCCUACAUACACUCAGCCAACAUACGCCGAGAAUGCAAACCUGAACAACUACGAUCAGGGAUACGCCGGUCGACAGGGGUUUGCGUCCUCUGCUCCAGCCACGAGUAUCAGUCGCGAUGGCUGGGAUUUCGUCAAGUCGAAAUGGUGCGCGGCAUUCAUGGGCGUCACCACACUGCAAGCCAUUAUUUGCCUUGCUUUCGAAUCCUACGUGUUUGCCAAGUUCCAGACGAGUUUGGGACCAAAUGUCAAGGUCGACAAAGUUCAGUCUCAAUACAAGACCAUUCCGACCUUCCUGACCCUCUUCAUCUUUGGCUUCUUAUACGAACUCGUCAUCGUUUGGGAUGCUCUUCGCAUGAAGAACACGAUUCAGGUCAUUGGUGUUUGCAUCGCCAACCUGGCCCUUCUGGUCUACACUGCCCUUCAAGUAGACCAAAUUGAUAUGGCCAUCAGAGUUUUGGGUCAAAACGCAGCGCUGGAGGUUGGCGUCACCUCCACAGAACUCUUCGCCCAAGUCCAUGCAUUUCUCAUUGCGAUUCCUUCCGUCAUUGGCCUUGCAACUGUUUGCAUGAGUUUCAUCUGCUGGAAGCUGUAUCAAGAAUUCGCGUGGGACAUUUUGAAGAACAUCGGUGCUGAUUAUCGCAUGAAGAAGCGUUUUCUUCAUUAUCAAAUUUAUAUUGCGCUUCUCAAGUUCGAUUUCUUCUUCUUCCUGGGUUUCAUCAUUCAGUUCGUCGUCGUUGUUGCACAGAAAUCCGACCCCGAGUUUGCUUUGACAAUUGCGACCAUUCCAGUAACUAUCGUGAUUCUCCUUGCCGCAGCCUAUUGUACCCGCAGAGAGAACAAGCCCGGCAUGAUUUGCGUCAUGAUUCUGUUUCUGGGUGGAUCAUCCUACUUUGCCUUUAAGCUUGUUCGCAUCUACCAACCCAGUCAUAAGGAGUCCUACUUUGCCGUCCGCAAAUCGCUUACAGCUUUUGCCGUCAUCACCAUCUUGUUGAUCAUCCUCACCAUUACGAACGCCAUCAUAUGCAUGAGCAAUUUCAACAAAGGACUCAAGGCUCACCUGUUGGCCGCGCGAAAGGUUGAAGAAAAGCCUGAUGCAACUUCAAUCAGCCUCCACGAUGUUAAGCCACAGGUGGCAAGUCGCAUGACCAUUGACUGA